CUCAUCCCGUCGCGCUUCGUAAAGCGGCAUGACAACCGCGCGUCAGAGAUGCGCGAGUUCAUGGACUAUGUCCAUAGUGCCUUCUACGAGGCGACGGGCUGGAGGCGCGACAACACGUAUGCCGCGCUGAACGCCACCUCGGAUUCGCUCCUCGACUUCCCGACCCCGCGCGGCCUGCGGUUGACGCUGUCCUCGCUCGCGAGCCCUAACUUUGCGACGUCGUACCAGCUCGGCUCGGUGGGCGUCGUUGACGGCUCCAUCUCGUACCUCUUCUCGUCGGUGCCGCUGCGCGUCCUGCUCACGCCGCAGUCGGAGAAGGUGUCGCUGCCGGAGCUGCUGCGCUCGUACCGGCCGCUCUCGCCGCUGCCGCGACCCGCCGCCGACCCGGUUCCGCCGCAGUCGCCUCUCGAUGCGCUGGCCCCGCAGCCGUCGUUGCUCUACGGCCGUCUCUACCUGCCGCAGUCGCAGCUGGAAGCGCUCGUGGUGAGGAGAAUAUCGCCGGCGCUGCAGCUGCAGUUCAGCGCCGUGUCGGCACAGCACCUCCGGGAUGGCGGAACGGCCCUGGGUCUUGCGCAGUACGACACGGGCCGAUACGCGCUGGAAGGUCUCGCCUCGUCGGACGGCGGGUUGCUGGGGUUCCGGGGCAUCUACAACUUUGGAGGCGAUGCCGAGGUUUCCGCGCCUGCCAACAUUGCCGAGGGUAACGGCGGCAGCGAGCGGGAGCGGAUAUAUGGGCGGUUCAGUACGGGCGGCGAGAUCUACUACGGCACGCUCAACAAGUCGGGCGGCGUCAGCCUGGGGGCUCGGUUCGCGACGCUCCCCGCGCACAAGGGCACGCCGCUGUGCGCGACGCUGACGCUGAACCCGCUGAUGGGGAAUAUUGCGGCAAGCUACGCGGUGGUGGCGGGCAGGCACUGCAGCCUGGCGACGCGCAUGGAGUUCAACGUCUUCAGCUACGAGAGCGGGUGGGCUGUAGGAAUGGAGCUCUGGCGUAAGCCGUUCCAACGGCCGGCGCCAGACAAGGACGAGGUCAAGCUCCCGACACGCAGCCUCGAGGCCAAGCUGGAAUGGCGUCUGGACGAGCCGCCGGCGCUGGCCGUUGUGCCGGAGCCGGAACCGGUGCUGGAUCUGAAGACGCCGGUGCCAAGCGCGGUUCCGGGCCAGCCGACGUUGCGACAGGACAGGCCCGCGGGACGCGUACCCGGCGGCGGCAGCGGGACGGAAGAGGAGGAGUACGCCGGGGUGCUCAAGGCGCGGCUGGACCAAAAUCUGCGCAUUGGGGUCCUCUGGGAGGGGCGGGUCAAGUCGCUGCUCUUCAGCCUUGGGAGCGGCAUCGACCUGCGCAAGCUGGACAAGCCGUUCCGGACGCUCGGGCUGGAGAUUCAAUUUUCGUCGUAGCGCGUCGCGCCCGCCCGGAGCAGCCCAGCGACGGACCGGCGGACAAUGGAGAGCAAGUGGCCUAGCGUGAACGGGUUCCUGACACCAGGGGAACAGGGACAUGUUGGCCGAGGGCCGUUGAUGCCCGGCAGCCAGCAAGCAUGACGCUACGUAUGCCGGGUGAUGGAGCGGUGGUGGGGGGAUGGGCAGCUGCGAUGCGACGGCGGGCGGCAUGCUGCGUGCGUUGGGUUGUACGGAUUACAUACUACUGUACUACUACUGCAUACUAAGUCAACUACCUCUAGCCAACGAGAGCUGGAUGGGACACGGGGC